AUGGAUCACUUACUCCACCUUGACACAGACGUUGUCUGCCUCUUGGCCAAACUCGAUUCCUAUGACUACAUCAUUGUAGGAAGUGGGUUCGGCGGAGGCCCAUUGGCAGAAGACCUUGCUUCCAAGAAGAAAAAGGUUCUUCUGAUUGAACGUGGAGGUGUCAUCUUCUCCACCCACGUUCUCAACACUUCGCGUCCAUAUUACAAUCGUGGCGCCAGCAACUCUCCAGAGGGCAACGAGCGUGUCUAUGAUGCCGUCAAAGCCAAGGUUCAGUUGACUGAUCAAUCCGACAGCUACGUCGGUGGGCCAGUCUAUUGCAUUGGCGGUCGCACUAACCUCUGGGGUACAUGGGUCCCUGAGAUUGGCGAUGAAACUCUCAAUGCUUACUUCCCUCCCGAGAUUGUUGAAUAUCUCAAGGGCAGUGGCUACAAAGACAGUUAUCAGUACCUGACAGACGAUGAUCCUAGGGAUGGUAUUUAUCCCGAGGGUGACGGUGCUCAUGAAGUCAGCACUGAAGACAUCGGUCUUGCCACUCAGAUGCUCAACAAGGCGUUGGCAACUGCACAGUUUGGCAUCAUGCCUAUUGCGGCGCAGUUCAAUUCCCCCGCGCCAUACAAGUUUGCCCAAGGUGCUUACAGCACCACACUGGCUAUCAUGAAUCGGAUGUAUGCCAACGAUCCUUACCUGUCUGUUCUUGUCGACACAGAGGUUAUUGCUGUUCAGUACAAGGACACUAAUACUGCCGACAAGACAGUCACUGCUCUACAGAUCAGAGACAAGGCCACUGGCACUAUCAAGGAGCUUGGCAUCGGAAAAGCGAAAGUGAUACUAGCUGCUGGUACCAUCGGUACUGCAUCCAUCGCUUUGAACAGUGGCUUGCAGAACUUGAAUGACAAAGUAGGCAAGGGUCUCAUUGACCACAAUGUCUGCUACGCGCGAUUCGCCAAAGAGAAAGACGGUGGCAUAACCCAGAAACCGCUCAACCUAAAGACCCAUCUCAAGGUCGGCGGAGAAGAGUGCCUCGUCACAGUCACCAUCAACGCCAACUUUUUCCUUGCUGGAAGUUCUGCCAGUAUCAACACAACUCACUUUUACGACAGGAAGGGAAAUCUCCUGGGACCAAAGUCUCCUGCUAAAGAGCAGAAGAACUUUGACACCAUCUGUGUUCUGUUCGAGUUUGUCGGGAAACUUGCAGAAGGGAACUCUGUUCUUAGUAUUCCUGGCAUGGACCCCGUCCUUGACAUCAGACGUGAUCCCCUCAAGCACGAAGUCCAAUGUGCCAUGGAAGACAUUGUGCGUAAUGUGCGGGAUGCCUUUGUUGACGCCCAGCCCUUCAAAUCUCCUACUUCUGGCGGGAAACUCUGCCCCGACCCUGGACUGCGCCCGCAGCAUUUGGGAUUUGGUGUGUUCUCUCAUGAAUGUGGAACUAUGCGCAUGGAUGGACCGACCAAGAAAGAUGGUGUGGUUGAUUCUGACCUGAAGGUCAAGGGACUUGAUAACCUUUGGGUGUGCGAUCUUUCAGUUAUGCCUGUUAGUCCCGAGGCCAACCCGUCUUUGACCUUGGCAGCGCUGUCAUUGAGACUUGCUGAGCACUUGAGCCCUACUCCUCAGUAG